ACGAUCUUUACCAAAAACACAUGGCUACUCACCCACGUGGCUUUUAGAGAGCUAGAGAUGUCUGUAGUCGGCAAGAAACUGUUUGUGGGGAAUCUCUCAUACGAUACAAGCGAUCAGCAACUGGAGGAAGUGUUCUCAGAGUACGGGGAGGUCAAGGCUUGCUUCACUGUCAAGGAAAGAGGGGUCACUGAGAAGUGCAAAGGUUAUGGAUAUGUCGUCUUCAGUUCAAAGGAGUCUUGUAACAAAGCGUGUGCUCGUGUAAAGGUCAUCAAAGGUCGUCCAGUGCAAGUCACGUUAGCACACUCCAAAAAAUUCCCUAAAAAACCAGAGACAAUCAAACCACCCGUUGAUAGCCAUGACAACCAGAGCUCGGAGGAAAGCGAUUACGAAACAUUAACAGCAUCGACGGCUAAAAAAGGUCCGAAAUUCAGAAAACCGAAAUCAGAACGCAGUGAUGCGAGAUUUGCGAUUGGUCGGACAGUUCUGAUAAAACCACUACCUGAAGAUUUCAGUGAGCAACAAUUAGAGACGUUGUGUGAUAUGGAGGAUGGGAAAAUAACAUCUCUAGCACUGACAAAAGAUGGAGACAUUUCACAAGGAUCAGUGACAUUUGAAACACACAAAGAUGCACAGUCAGCACUUCGAAAACUAAAGGGGUUGAAGGAAAUGAACAAGAUUGAGAUUACGCUGUUGUCACGGGCAACCAAGGGUGUGUCGCAGAAUACUCUACGCAAGUCUCGGCUGAUAGUUCGGAAUAUUUCGUUUAAAUGCAACGAGGCUGAUUUAGAAGGCGUGUUUGGAGAGUUUGGAUGUGUGAUUGAAGUGAAGAUACCACGCAAGGAGAAUGGACACAUGCUGGGAUACGCCUUUGUUCAGUUUAGCUCAUAUUUUGAUGCCAGUAAAGCCCUGGAUAGUGUCAAUGGACAGCCUAUCAAAGAUCGCCCUGUGGCUGUGGAUUGGGCUGUACCCAAAGACCGUUAUGAGGAGGCUCUCAAGGAGACCACACCCACUAGUGGAGGCAGCAAAAAAGAAGAUGAAGUUUGUGAAGCCAGUGAGGAUGACGACGAAAGCGAAAAUGGUCACCGUGGUAACGAAAGUGAUGAUAACGAUGGCGAUGAAAGUGACCACGGUAACCAUGAUGAUGAGAGUGGCGGAGAUAAUAGUGUAAGGGCGGAAUCACCUGUUCAAAGUGGGCGUGGCCAACCACCCUCCGAUGAUGUAGACGAGGGCAGAACACUCUUCAUUAGGAAUUUACCCGUGGAUACGGAGUAUCGUGAGGUGUCAAAAUUAUUCUCUCAGUUUGGACCAAUCAGAUACGUUCGUGUGCUGGCAGACCCUCAGUCUCAACUCAGCAAAGGUUCGGCUUUUCUGCAAUUCAAGAAGCAAUCGUCUGUUCAGCCUUGUCUCGAUGUUGCCAAGGGUGACGGACUAAAUUUCCAUGGCAACAAGCUUAGUGUCUCACUGGCAGUUUCGAAACAACAAGCUCAAGAGUUCAAAGGUCAAGAUACAAGGGUCAAAGAGGACAAACGAAAUCUCUAUCUUGCAAAAGAAGGAUUGAUAUUGCCGGGGACGUCGGCAGCUGAAGAGCUAUCUAAAGCGGACAUGGCUCGGAGAAAUAAGUCCCACUCUGAGCGGAAAUCUAAACUGGCCAAUCCAAACUACUUUGUGUCCAAAACAAGACUCUCAGUCCGCAACCUUCCAACAGGAAUUGAUGAAAAAAGCCUUAAAAUGGUUUUCACAAAAUCUGCUGAGCUGACACCCACUUCCAUCACACAGGUUAAGAUACUUCGUUCCUCCGAGCGUGUCGAUGGUGAGGGUGUGGGGAGAUCAAAGGGUUUCGGGUUUGUAGAGUUCAAAGGUCACGAAGAGGCCCUCAAGACGCUGCGUAGUACCAACAACAACCCAAGUUUGUUUGGGGAAAAAAGACGUCUCAUUGUUGAGUUUGCGGUUGAGAGCAGUCAAGCGCUUAAUCUCAGAGCCCAGAGGAAGCAGAGACAGGCAACAACUGCUGUGCACACAAAACAACCAACUGCUGAGUCAGCACAUGACAAAAAGAUUUCCAGAAAUCAAAAAUGGUGCCUAAAGUGGCAGGCCAUUCGACUCAAGAGAAAGGCUAAUGCUCAACUAACUGAAACCACUGAACUAAAGAGUGAUCUCACUGAUACGAAACCAGUACAUAAAACUGUUGGGAAAAGUACAGCAGAGGUCAAGGUACAAAAACCUACCGGAAGAGGCAGGAAACGAAAAGAAAAAAAUGACGAUGAAAAACCACCACCUCCCAAGAAAGUUAAACGACAGAAGAGUGUAGAGGUCAAAGUUCAAAGUAUCAAAGGAGAAGGCAAAAAACGAAAAGAAAAAGUUGACGAAAAUCCUACCAGAGGAGGCAGGAAACGAAAAGAAAAAGCUUCAAUUAUUAAUGACGAUAAAAAGCCACCACUGAAAAAAAUUAAACAACAAAAAAGUGCUGUCUCCUCCAUUAAUGGAGGUCGCAACAAACGCCGCUCAAAACCAGAGAAGGAAGAAGUCAGCUUGGAGGCAAUGGUGAACAAGUAUCGGCAGAAAUUGGACCAAUCAUCUUUGUCUAAAUGGGUCCACUAAACAUUAACAUUUGAAGACUCUUAUCUAAUGUUGUUGACAAUGUUGAUGAUUAGUUAGCUCUGAUAAUGUACUCUUUCAAUGUUGUCCUUUCAACAUUCAAAUGUUUUCCAAACACCA